CCACCCCCAAAAAAUCGAUUCGUCCUCCGCACCCCUACACGCAUAAAGAUUGCACUUUUUUUUUCUUUACAAGCGCCAUCGGACCACCGUUUUUUCGUUAUUUUCUUUUUUCUUCUUCUCCUUUUGAUGUUGUCUCCUUAAUUUAGUAUAUAUAAUAUACCUUUUUGAUUCUCUCCAACCAUUUUUUUUCCCUUGAUUCCACCUUUUUUUUUUCCGCCACCAAUUCACUGUAACCAAGCUAUUUAUAUUUCCUCAGUCUUACAUACAAUAUGGAAUCAUCACAGACUAUCCAUUCAAACAUGGCCAAGAAAUCCAAAUGGCAAUACUUCAAGACGUGGUUCAAGCCUGAAUUCGCGUCAGCGACGGGAGGUCAGCGUCGACCUUCGCACAGCAGCAGUUGUUACUCAACAGAGACCAACGAUCACCCUGACCCUGACCUGGCGGCCGAAAAAUGCUUAUUUUUGCCGUUUCGACGACGCGCCUCCUCCGCCUCUGAAAUGUCGGUGAUUGAUUUCCAAAAGGAAACUGAAAAGCUGUAUGAACUGUAUGCAUAUGCCGUCGAUGAGCUAAAUUACGCAGAAGAUUCACAUGGAUCACCGUAUUAUUCUGGCGAUCGAGUCACGGCCCAAGAAGCGAUCGACGGAUGUACCGAUGCGUUCAUGCAACUCCUUCAGCAAACCUCCGACAUCAAUUUACGGACACAUCUUCAAUCCAGUAUCACGCCACGACUUAUCCAGCUGCAAGAGAAAUAUAAUGCACUUCCCAUGGACGUGGAACCAUUGUACUAGUUUGGUGAAUCUUGGCAUGCCAAUCCCAUCUUCCUAACCAAUCACAGCCAAAAAAGAAAAGGGCAAAAAAAAAAGAAGUACCCCACUGCAAAUUGAUUCAACAAAGAAAACAACAAAACUAUUCCAUGUCUCAUUAUAGCAUAUCUUCCUCAUAUUUUGUAUAGCACUCAUUUGUUCUUAUUAUUUGAAAAUAAUCGUUAUUCUUAUCAUUAUCAUCAUUACCAUUGUGGCAAAAAAGGUCGAUGGAGG